UAAGACAUUAAACAGCAAAAAUGAGUCAAAUUGUUGGCGAUCCAUUCAGCAUGGUGAAAUAUCUUUGUAGAGAUGAUGAACAGAGUAGAGAGGAAAAAAACAUCGACUUUAAAGAUUCAAAGUCAUCACAAAAACACUUGAAAUCACCAAUAAUAUGCUGGAGAUGGAUGGAUGGAUGGAUGGGUGGAUGAUGGAUGGAUGGAUGGAUGGAUGGAUGGAUGGAUGGAUGGAUGGAUGGAUGGAUGGAUGGAUGGAUGGAUGGAUGGAUGGAUGGAUAGAUAGAUAGAUAGAUAGAUAGAUAGAUAGAUAGAUAGAUAGAUAGAUAGAUAGAUAGAUAGAUAGAUAGAUAGAUAGAAACAGGGUUAAAUAGGGUUAAAAGCUAAAGGACAAACUUGUUGGAGUUCAGAGAUAAUUACAAAGAAAACAUGUUUAAAUAGACUAAAAUAUGAACCUGAUGGUGGCAGUAGAGGUAGACAUGAAGGAAUCAGUAUCAUCACAGCAACACAUCUGGAAUAUUCUGGUUUGGAUUGAACCAGUGGAGUGAUUCUACCUACAGAACUCCAACCCUACGCUGUACCUGUGGAUGUAAACAUGAAUAAAUGUGUUCUUCUUACGGCUUCGUCAACAGUGUUUGCUUCACAUCAAACUGACUUGAACUUAAACCCUGACAUGCCGCCGACCUGCUGAGCGCUCAGAGGUUUCCGGAAAACCUCGUUAAUGAUUGAGGGGCUAAUUGAGCGAGACGUGGCCUUCAUCAGCAGAACAUUGUGAACCGACUAAUGACGCUGAGCUUUCUGUCCUGUCGCUGCUGCAGAGACGUGGAUCAGCGGAGUCCGCCAACGAUAGAUCAACAGAUAAAUUUAUAGAUGGAUGAAGGAGCCGUUGGGAGCUGAGAUGAUGCCAGAGGAACCCGAGUCGAGCCACAAAUAGCCCCCAGAGGUCCACCAUGAGGCUGACUCCGGCCUCCAGCGUCUCUCCACAGGUCGACCUCCCCAAUGCCUCCUCACCCACCUCCUCGUCCUGCAGCAUCGACGAGUCCUACAAGUACGUCUUCCUGCCCGUUUGCUACUCGCUGACCUUCGUCUUCAGCCUCACGUUGAACUCGGUGGUGCUGCUUCGCUCCUGCCGUCUCCACGGCGUCGGCGCUGGCGGCGGGCGGCGCUGGAACACGUCUCUGAUCUACAUGGUGAACCUGGCCACCACCGACCUGAUGUACGGCCUGUCGCUGCCCUUCCUGGUGGCCAGCUACGUGCUCAGGGAUCGCUGGGUGUUCGGAGACUUCAUGUGCCGCCUCGUUCGCUUCCUCUUCUACUUCAACCUCUACUGCUCCAUCUUCUUCCUCACCUGCAUCUCUGUGCACAGGUAUCUGGGCAUCUGCCACCCGAUGAGGACCAUCACUCUGGAGAGUAAGCGGGUGGUGAAGGGCACCUGUGCGCUGGUCUGGGUGGUGGUCUUCAUCCUCACCUGCCCCAUCUUCAGGUUCGCCCAGACCGGUUUGGUGAUGCGAGGUGGCGGCGGGGCGGUGGUCAGUCCUGGAGGGGUGAAGGACGGCGGGAACUGGACUGGAGAUCAGGACAGGGAGGGCUACAUGAACUGCUGGGAUGACGCCAUCGACAAAGAGUUCGCCGACUACGUCCCGUACGGCAUCGUCCUCCACCUGCUGGGCUUCUUCGUGCCCUUCGUCAUCAUCGCCUGGUGCUACUCUCAGGUGGUCCGGACCAUAUUUCAGACGCUGCGUUCCCCUCCCAGCUCCGUGGAGAGCGGCGAGGACGGUCCGGUGGGCGACGGGGCGGCAGAGGGAGUCCGAGAGCGGGAGCGAACCUCAGUGUCCAUCUCCGGCUCGCAGUACUCACACUACAUCCGGCGGCGGCGGAAAUCCAUCAAGACCAUCGUGACCAUCACGCUGCUGUUCGCGCUCUGCUUUCUGCCCUUCCACGUGACCCGGACGCUCUUCCUGCUGCUGCGACGAGGGCAGCUGGGCGGCUGCAAUGCCAUGAAGGCGGUUUCCAUCUGCUACAAGGUCACCAGGCCGCUCGCCUCCUGCAACGCCUGGCUCAACGCCCUCCUCUACUUCCUGACGGGGGAUAAAGGCGCCCCCUGCUGCUGCCCGGCGGGACGCAGCGUCCGCAGGGACCGACGCAGCGGCUCCCUCUGGUGGCCGCUGAAGAUCCUGAAGAAGGAGGGUGUUGGCGAUGAUGACCAGGAGGUGGCUGAGAAGGUCGAGAGGGAGGCACACAUAGAGAACGAGUCCAAGUCUUCACGGGUCAUCUUCUAGAAAGUUCUCGUUGUGAAAAACUCAAAACAACCUGAUGCACCAGACAACAGUCCCAACGGUCAAACAGGACGCUGCUCCAUAGCGCUGAUUAUUGUUACCAGCAAAGUUUCCAACUAAAACUGGUGCAAAAUCUCAAUUAAUUUCCAAAUAAGUAGCAGGAGCGAACACAUUAAUGUACACCGAUCAGCCACAACAUUAAGACCACUGACAGGUGAAGUGAAUAACAUCGAUCAUAUUCGUUUCAUGUGGUGUUCUGCAGGAAAACCUUGGAUUUUCGCACUUGUGUUGAUGAGACUCAGACAUAAAAAAAAAAAAAAACACUUUCCCAGAACAAACACACUCCUUCAUACAAAUGGAAAUCCUAAAUGUCACGGGCCUACCCCCGCAGGAAAAUGCUCCCCACCACAUCACAAAAACAAACAAUUAGGAACAUCUUGGGAAACAUGACAAUAACCCAAGAUGUCGAUUUGACCUCACACUGGAGAGUAAGCAGGUGGUGAAGGGCACCUGUGCACUGGUCUGGGUGGAUAUCACCUAAAAUCUGUCAGCAUUUCUUUGCACAGCAGAGUGUUCUUCACAGUGUUCUUGACUGCAGAGAGUCUCCAUAAGUCUGAAUGACAGUCAGUGGAGCAGCAGCUCCUCUACCUGCAUUAAGAGUGUUUUACAAAUUGCUCUGUGUUCUGUUCAUCCUUCAGUUUUGCCUCAGUGAACUCCUGCUUCACCUUCUGCAGCAGUUCUGGACGCAGCGGCACAUCCAGAGCCGUCAUGGCCAGAGCCUUCGCUGUCCUCAGAGUGAAGAACUGAGCUUUAUCAUCACCUAGACCCCAUUAUGAUCAAGAAUCAACAGGAUGCAGUGGAACCAGUUUGAUUCCCAGAGGCCCCACUGCACAACCCAGAACACCCAAAGGAUUCACUGCCAACGUCCUGGUCCAGACCUCAUAGGACACCCCGAGAGGCCCUCUGGUCCAGACCUCGUAGGACACCCCGAGAGGCCCUCUGGUCCAGACCUCGUAGGACACCCCGAGAGGCCCUCUGGUCCAGACCUCGUAGGAACACCCCGAGAGGCCCUCUGGUCCAGACCUCGUAGGAACACCCCGAGAGGCCCUCUGGUCCAGACCUCGUAGGACACCCCGAGAGGCCCUCUGGUCCAGACCUCGUAGGACACCCCGAGAGGCCCUCUGGUCCAGACCUCGUAGGAACACCCCGAGAGGCCCUCUGGUCCAGACCUCGUAGGACACCCCGAGAGGCCCUCUGGUCCAGACCUCGUAGGACACCCCGAGAGGCCCUCUGGUCCAGACCUCGUAGGACACCCCGAGAGGCCCUCUGGUCCAGACCUCGUAGGAACACCCCGAGAGGCCCUCUGGUCCAGACCUCGUAGGACACCCCGAGAGGCCCUCUGGUCCAGACCUCGUAGGACACCCCGAGAGGCCCUCUGGUCCAGACCUCGUAGGACACCCCGAGAGGCCCUCUGGUCCAGACCUCGUAGGACACCCCGAGAGGCCCUCUGGUCCAGACCUCGUAGGACACCCCGAGAGGCCCUCUGGUCCAGACCUCAUAGGACACCCCGAGAGGCCAACACAAUGUUAGGCAGGUGAUUGUAAUGUUAUACCUGGUCGGUAUUUGUUUCCAGCAUGGACUGUAGAUAAAAAGUGGACGUUGGUGGUUUACUCAAGUCUGGAAUUGGUCACUGCCAUCUUGGUUUUACUGGAACAAGGAGUGAAUAGUCCUGUUUGACCACCGGAAUUUUGUCAGGAGCUGUUUUAAGUUAAGAACAACUCAAAACAGCUUCUGACAGCAGUCCAGUGGUCAAACAGGACGAGCUCAGUACUGCUGGGUAAUAAGAUUUCUAUACAAAACUGGUGCAAGACGUCAAUAAAUCUCCACAUAUGCAGCAAAAGAAAAAUCUAAUUCAUGCACGUUUCCAUCAUAGACUGUAUAUAAAAGAUGGUGGACUAGUCAAGUUUGGAAUUGAUCACUGUAACAUUGUUUUUUUUGGAACAAAUAGUGACCAUAAGCUGCUUUACCAUCAAUAUUCCUGUAAAUGGGAGAAUAAGCUGGUGAAUAAACGUCAAGCUGAGUUGGAGGACUUGAAACUAGCAAUUCAACAGUAGAAUGUUUAUUAAAGGGAUAAAUCAAGUGAGAUGUUGGCUAGUUUUCUAUAUAUUCAGACCUCCUUCUCCAACCAGGAGAGUCGCCCCCUGCUGGCUGUUAGACAGAAUGCAGGUUUAAACAUCUGAACUCCAAACAGCAUUUUCUGGGUGUUUCUCAUUUUUUUAUUCACUGUGGUUCAUUUUUCAAUCUAAAGUCCUGCUCCUCUAUAGAAACAGAACAACAUAAAGAAGGAGACAGAACUCAGAGGUGACUUCUGUGCAGUUAGAAAGAAGGAAAUCGGGAAAAGGAAAAACAAAACUCCACCAAAAAAAGAAGAUAAAAUCAAUAUGUAAAUUUUCCAGCUGCCCACAGGAACAACUAAAACUGAAAAAAAGGUUUAAUUUUAUUACCUAGGUUUGUCAUUUGUUCCACAGGCUGAAAACGUUUUGUUGUGAGACUGUUUUUGGUAAAACAUUUGAUAUUUUUGUACAAUCUGGUUGGACUAAACAGUUUAUUUAGAUUUUUUUGUUAAAUAAGACAUUUAGAAAACAGUGAUUUGAUGAAAUAUCAACAUUUCACAUUUAGAUUUAAUUUUGUGUUGGAAAACAUUAGGACCAAAUUAUUGUUUUAUAGCUUCUGGCUGAUAAAUGGUGUCAUUUCUGUGUUUUUUUAAAGAUACCAUGUUUCUUAAACCCGCCAGUGGGUUUUUGGUGUUCCUUGACCACCAAAAUAAAACGUUUUUCAGUUUACAAGUUAUAAAUCCAACAGUUUGACAGUUUACAGCUCAUCAGUGACCUGUAAACUCAUAAACUGAUGUUUUUUUCUUUCAGAGCUCCACUUUAAAAAACAGAUGGAGGGUAAAACAUGUUUCUGAGAGAAUCUGUUUGAGUCCAGGUGAAAUUUAAAUGGUUUAAAGGGUGAUUCCACCCAUUUUAAAGGCAGGCUUCUUAAUGUGCACCUACAUGUUUGCUCCAGCUUCCUGUCGUCGUCGUUGUCAGUCGCUGAUGUCAGACCUCUUGCUGUUGAUGUAUUUUUGUGGUUCUGUCUGGAUUAAAGUGUUGGCAACCUCAGCUCUCUGUGCCUCGUUCAUGGUUAACGAGGAUCCGUUCGAAUCAUAAAUCAUUAAUGGGCUCGACGUUUGUUAGGAAAGGAACAUCUGCCGACUCUGCUUCUGAACUGAAGCACCGUUGGACAACACAAGGCUCUGGUUUGUCCUGUUUUUGAUGUGAAACCUAUUAAAGAAUUAGUAAAACUUGUCCCAAAUAACCUCCAUCCAUAAUGACUCAA